AUGCUGCGAGACGAUGAGGUCUUCCCAAUGGCAGGACGAACAUACACUGUCAAUGUUGAUGGUCUACACGAAACAUCCUACCCCAAUAACGAUUUCGACGAUGUCUUUGGAUCCGCCCCUCCUUCUCCCACCUUCGAAAAUCCUAGAGGCGGCAACUUAGAACCGUCAGAUGUGCCACGGUUGAAAGAGAAACACGAGACAGAGGGAUAUAGAGAUGGUGUAUCGAAGGGCAAGGCGGAAACGGUGCAAGCGGGAUUUGAUGAGGGGUAUGGGCUCGGUGCUGUGCUGGGCCUGAGGAUCGGGAAGAUUUUGGGUCUGUUGGAGGGGAUUUGGAGGGCUGUGCAUGCUGGGGAGGAUGGGGAAAGGCUGGAGGGCUUAUACGAGGACGCGAAGAAGGAUUUGAAGACGGAGAGUGUUUUUGGGAGGGAAUGGUGGGGUGAGGAUGGGAUCUGGACGUUUGAGGUUCCUGGUGAGGGGUUGGAAGGGAAGGAGGUCACAUUUCCGGAUGUUGCUGGAGCUCAUCCUCUGAUUGUGAAGUGGGAGCUUAUAAUCGAAGCAGAGGUCAAGAGGUGGGGUUUGGAUUUGAGUCUUAUGGGUACGGAGCAUACACAAGAGGAGAGGAGCCACGAUGUGGGAACUAAAGAUGUCACAGAGGCUCCUCGACUGCCCGGGGCUCAAAAAGCAGAAUUGAGCUGGUGA